AACGGCGCGCGUGAGUGUCGGAACGACUGCAAUUCCUCACCACCAUUCCUCCUCCAUCGACCACAACCCAUCCCUCGACUCUCUCUCUCUCUCUCUCUCUUCCAAUUUCCAUUCCAAUCUCUUUCAACCUGCAUUCGUUCGCUUUCUCCGUCUCUCUCGGCUCACGGUUUCUUCCCAGGUUCCUCCACUUUCAUCUCCCUUCCCCGGGUUCGAUCCUCCGUUUACUUUGUCUUCUUCUUCGUUUUGGGUUUUGAUUCGAUUCUAGGAGCCCAGAAGGGACGUUGAAUCCGUCGGCAGAGGCGGACAAGGACCAAAAAUGGGAGACUAUGGGAUGAAACCGGUUCUUCAGAAACCUCCGGGUUACAGAGACCCCAACAUGGGUGGCGGUCCUCCGCCACCGCCGCCGGGAAUCAGACUGCCGGCGAGGAAACCUGCACUUCCGAAAUUUCAACCGAAGAAGAAACGCCGGAGCUGUUGCCUGUCCUGCUGCUGCUGUUUCUGCGUGGCUCUUCUCCUCAUCAUCUUCCUCCUCAUCGUCGCCUCCGCCGUCUUCUACCUCUGGUUCGACCCAAAACUCCCAACCGUCAGCCUCGCCUCCUGCCGCCUUGACCAGUUCAAAGUAGUCCCCGACCCAGACGGCGCGACGCUCUCCGCCGCCGCAAUGGCUCGCGUCGAGUUGAAGAACCCCAACGCGAAGCUGGCGUUGUACUUCGGCGACACGGACAUGGCUGUGACCGUGGGUCAGGGGAUCGAAGAGACGUCGCUCGGGUCGGCGACGGUGCCAGGGUUCAGACAAGGACCUAGGAACACGACGAGCAUCAAGGUGGCGACGGGGGUGAAGAACGAGCUCGUCGACAACAACGUGGCGAAACGUCUCGCGGCGAAAUUCCAGAGCAAGGAUCUACUAAUCAACGUGGAGGCGAAGAGCAAAGUGGGGCUGGGAAUUGGGAACGUGAAGAUCGGAAUGCUCGGUAUUACCUUGAGAUGCGGCGGCGUCAGCUUGGACAAGCUCGACUCCGAUUCUCCCAAAUGCAUCCUCAACACCCUCAAGUGGUGA